AUGUACGGCCUCAAACAACUCACCGUCCUGGGCUUAAUGCUGCUCUCCGUCGCGGCCAAGGAGACGCCGAAAAAGACGACUGUUGGUAUUGAGACUGAAAAGGCUAGCUAUGGCAAAGAUGUGGAACUGGACGACUGCGUCGAGCUCGACGAGGAUGAGGUGUAUACCGUCUCCAUUCGAAAGUACUGCCGCGUCUUUGUUGGACCUUUCUGCACCGGUCGAAACACCCUCCUCAGCCCCGGUGAUCACUCGAAUGACGACCCCGUGCCGAUUACAUCCAUCUACUGCCACGAAAAGCGGCCCUUCUAG